UUAGGACAUUCUUAUGUGGUGAUAAAUGAACAAUCAAGUGAAAUUUGUCCAAAGAAGAAUAACAACUCCAAGUGGGCUACAGGCAGGAUCGCCAAAAACUUGUGGAAUGAGGAUGAUCGAAUAGAAACUUGUCAGAAAAUUUCUAUCUGGGCUAGCUGGCCUGGUAUUCAGUGCUUUGAAUUGAUAAGGAUGGCAGACCCCGUAGCUAUAACUUCAGCAGGUGUCGCUUUGGCGUCAGCUGUAGGAACAUUAGCGCAGGCUUGGUAUCAAAGGAAAGCGUUUUGGGAUCCACAAAAGGAGAAAGAUGAUCUCUCCGGCAAUGUGGAGGAGAUUAUAGUUGAUUUAAACGAGGCAAGUCGAAAGCUAGGUUGCAUAAGGAUGGACUUUGAUAAUGAAGUACGGAGAAAUAAUAUGAAGGCGCCAUCGCAAAUGUACUUGGAAUGGGUCUGCUCGGUGGUGGAGAUUGGCCUGAAAGUGGAGGAAAAAAUAGCCGAAUAUGACAAGCAAAACAAAGAAGAGGCAUUUUUCCGGUCGUCCACAUAUAUAGAUUUUAGGGAAGCUUUUAAAAAGAUGUACAAGAAAGUAAAGAGUCUUGGGGAAGAAAGCAAUCAACUCCAAUAUAAAAUGUUUGUUGAUUUGCUACCCAAACAUGUUGUGGACAAAGAGGGACCAGAUAACAAUUUUGUGGCAUGUGAAAGGCAGAUCGAGGAGAUUCUGAACUUGCUAGGAAGUUCCAAGGCCAAGAAAAUAGGUAUCCUCGGGACAGUGGGGAUUGGGAAAACAACCAUGUUGAAAUACUUGCAUUACCAUGAAAAAGUUACCGAAACUUUUGAAAUGGUCAUUUGGCUAGACGUAUCAACAGAGGGGAGCAAGAAAAAUCUAACCAGGGAGCAUCUCCUACAGGCCAUUGCGAGAAGACUGAAACUAGAUAUAGGAGGUUCUAGCAAUGCGGAUGAAGUUGCCGAAAGAAUAUCAAUGGAGUUGCAGGGCAAGAAGUUCUUGCUACUUUUGGAUGAUGUCAAGGAAUGUCUUGACUUAUCCAAAAUUGGGAUUCCUGAGAGCAACAAUGGCAGCAAGAUAAUUUUGACGACUAGAUUGCGCCGUGUUUGUGAAUCCGCAAUGGUUGAACAAAUAGUUAAGAUGACUUACUUAUUACUAGAUGAGGCAUGGAAGAUGUUUCAAGAUGUUCUAAAAGGUUCUGGAGUUCUUGAAGAUCCAGAAAUUAAGAAAAUUGCACGGCGAGUGUGCAAGGAAUGCAGCGGGCUUCCACUGUUGAUACAAAAAGUAGCCAGUACAUUCAAAUUCAAACAUAACCGUACUGCUUGGAGUGAAGGAUUGAAUAAUUGGAGGAAGUGGCCUGAGAAAGACCGCGAAGGCAUUAAGGAAGUAUAUAAUUUGUUGAAAUUUUGUUACGAUGACUUGGAUGAUGAGCAACGUCAGAAAUGCUUUCUUUAUGGUGCAUUGUAUCCGGAAGGCCAUGAGAUAAACGCAGAUUAUUUGUUGGAGUGUUGGGCAGCUGAAAAUCUCGUUGGUGGUGAUGAUAGCAUAACAACGGAGUCGCUCAAUUAUGGGCACCAUGUAUUGAGUUACCUUAAGGAGGUGUCAUUACUUGAAAAAGGAAAGAUUGAGAAUGAAGUUACGAUGCACAAAUUCAUCCGACACUUGGCGUUAUAUAUAGCAGAAGAUGUUCCUGAUUGUAAAUACAUGGUGGAAACGAGCAAAGGAUUAAAAGAGCUCCCAAAAGUGGAAUUUUGGAAGGAGAAGAAUAGAAUCUCCUUUGGUGACAAUAAAUUGAAGGAAUUACCGGCUUCCCCCGAUUGCAAUAAACUUUCCACACUCUUCCUACAGAAAAAUUCGAGCCUGGAGGAAAUCCCGCCGACUUUCUUUGAGAACAUGAAAGAACUUCGAGUUUUAGAUGUAUCUCAUACAGGAAUCAAGGGGUUACCUUCAUCACUUGAAGUUUUGGAAGGCCUGAAAGUUCUAUAUCUAAAUGACUGCACAAACUUGGCCGAGCUUCCUUCUCACAUUGUAGCUGCACUUAAACAUCUUGAAGCACUCGAUAUUGCGGGGAGUGGAAUCAAUAAUAUACCGCCUCAAAUUGAGAACUUGACCAAGUUAAGGCGACUACGGGUAUCCUUUUCAGCGUCUCAAAAUGAAAAUGCUACCCAAGAGGUAAAUUUCAACUACGAGGUCAUUUCAAAGCUUUCUAUAUUGGAAGAAUUGGUCAUUAAUGUGAAAUCACCUGAAAUUUGGUCUGAUAAUGUCGAAGAGGAUAUCAUGAAAGAAGUGGCUAAGUUGAAAGAGUUUAAGUCUCUGAAGUUUCGCUUUCCCGAUGAGGUUGUAAAUGUUGUUGAGGUUGUUGGGUCUCAAAAUCAAAAUCUCCGUAUCCGUGUUCCUGACGCCACGACCCUUUUCAGUUUCAUUGAACGGAGUUCAUGGAGUAAAGUCCAAGACAUUGAAAACUUUGAGUUCUACAUUGGUUGCAAAAGGUCGGAACAGCCUCAACUCCCCAACUUUGACGAGUUUGAGAAGUAUGUGAAGUAUAGUGAAGUUGAAGGUAGAAACUUAUCGAUUCUCGAGGUCCUUGCCGAAGCUUCUGCUUUUGAAUUAGUCGACAACAAAAACAUCAAGCAGCUAUCGGAUGAAGAACUCGAAAGCAUGAACGGUAUCCAAAGUUGUCUAAUUGAAGGUUGUGAUGCAAUUGAAACCAUCGUGGGUACCUCAGGCAGAGUAGUACUACCAAGCUUAGAGCACUUGUUCAUAAAGAAUCUACCAAUGCUGGAAAGCAUUUUGAGGGGCCCACUCCAACCUGGAAGCCUAACAAAAUUAACGACUCUAGAACUGACCGGCUGUCGAAGUUUGGUCACAGUUUUUCCUCCAGGCUCUAUCCAACAACUUUGUGAAAUCCAGUGCUUGAAAAUUGAAAAGUGCGAUGGAAUUGUAGAAAUAAUUCCAACAUCUGGAGCUGGUGGAAUUCUGCUGCCGAAAUUGGAGAAAAUGAUUCUCCUUGACAUGGGAAAACUUGAAAGCAUUUGUGCCAGUGAGACGUUGAACUGGCCAUCCUUGGAGGUGGUGGAGAUAUUCGAGUGUCCAGGUUUACUGAAAUUACCUUUCAACAAAGAUAAUGCGAAAAUUCUGAAAUGCAUUGAUGCAGACCCGGAGUGGUGGGGAAAAUCGCAGUUUGAUCAGAAUAACGAGAACAAAGAAUGGCUUCAGAAAUUACGUAACCCGAGGUAUCCAAAAAAUGCUUCCUAGGUGAACUUCUGCCACUAGCCACCUCUUCAGCGAAUUAUGAUAACACGGUAAU